AAUAUACAAUACAAUACAAGUAAAAGUAAACUCAGGGUUAUGGCGUCGGAUGGAUUCUGUGUCACAUAAAUUCAACAUAAAUUUGUUUAUACACGAGGUUUUUUUUUGUAUGUUUAUUAGAUGGUUAUCAUAAAUGCAAAAAUUGUUAUAAAAUUCAUAUGAUAUAGUUGAGUUACGAUGCAUAAACGACGUAGAACAUCAUCUGUUGCUAGCAGAGGUACAGAAGAUGAUCCUGAGGAAGUAAUACCUGAGCCAACUAAACGAAGAAAAAAACUAGAUCCUAGUGACUUGUGCCAACAAUUGUAUGAUAUUAUAAGAAAUCAAAAAAAGGAAGACGGAUCUCUGUUGUGUGAUGCAUUUAUCAGAGUGCCAAAGAGACGACAAGAGCCAAGAUAUUAUGAAGUUGUUUCAAAUCCCAUUGAUUUGUUGAAAGUUCAACAAAAAUUAAAAACCGAUGAGUAUCGCGAUAUGAAAGAUUUAGCUGCUGAUAUUCAAUUAAUGGUAAAUAAUGCAAAGGCAUUUUAUAUGCGCACAUCACCAGAGUACAAAGAUGCUACAGAUUUAUGGGAAUUGUGUGUAAAUACUAAAAAUCGUAUAAUGGAUGAGUAUGAAGAAACAGAACCAAAAGGUAAAAUAAUAUUGAAAGUUGGUAGAUUGUCAAGAAAAGCAACAGUUAAACAUCCAGAUGAUACUGAAGAUACUUCCGAGAGUUCAACAAAUCCUGAUGAAGAAUCAAUGCAACCUUACGAAGAUCUUUUUACUACGGUUAUGACAGCAACUGAUCCUACUGAUAAUAACAGAGUACUACAUUCAGUAUUUCAAUUAAAACCAUCUAAAAAACUUUAUCCAGAAUAUUAUGAAGUCAUUGACACGCCAAUUGAUUUAAAAACAAUAGCGAUAAAAAUUCAAGAAGGUCUUUAUAAUAAUCUUAGUGAAAUGGAAUGUGAUUUAAUGCUUAUGUGUCGUAAUGCAUGUCAGUUUAAUGAACCAGGUUCACAAAUUUAUAAAGACGCUAAAAUAUUAAAAAAAAUAAUAUCUGCUGCUAAAAAACAAGACGGUGGUACGAGUAGUGUAUUUUCAAAUAAAUUAACAACACCUUCAACUCGUAGUAAACGAGGUAGUCGUAGUUUUGCUCAAUCAUUAAUUACGCAAACUGCAACGUUGAUGGAUGAAGACGAAGAGAGUGAUGACGAAGAUGAUGAAACAGCUGAAAUUGAAGAAUCUGAUAAUCCGCAGUGGUUGUUAUUUCAAACAAUAAGAACUGCGCCAAACAAGCAAGGAAUAAGAAUGAGUGAAUUUUUCUGGAAAUUACCGUCCAAACGAUUUUAUGCUGAUUAUUACAAAAUGAUUAAAAAUCCUAUUUCUUUAUUACAAAUUAGAUCUAAAAUUAAAAAAGGAGAGUAUGGUACUGUCAGUGAAGUUGCUGGUGACAUGAAUAUAAUGUUUGAAAAUGCUAAAAAAUAUAACGUUCAUACAUCACGUUUGUACAAAUGUGCUGUGAAAUUACAAAAAAUAAUGCAAGAAAAAGUACAGGAGCUUUUAGAAUUUGAUCAAGAUUCAGAUUCAGAUUGUGAAUCAGAAUCAAAUUCUCAAACAAAAUUAAUAAAACGUGCCUCAAAUGUUUUGACUCGUGGAAAAUAUAAAGACAAUAUACCAUUAAAAAAGCGUUUAUACGCAUUAGUUAAGUGUGUCAUAGAAUACGUGUGUGAGGAUGGUCGUCAGCCAAUGUUAAUGUUUAUGGAAAAACCAUCAAAAAAAAUCUACCCAGAUUAUUAUCAAGUUAUUACCGAUCCAAUAGAUAUGCUUGCAAUCGAGGCAAACAUAAAAGCCGAAAAAUAUCAAAAUGAAAAUGAAUUAAUACAAGAUUUUAAAUUGAUGUUCAAUAAUUGUCGUCAAUAUAAUGAAGAAGGAUCAUUAAUAUAUGAAGAUGCAAAUACAUUAGAAAGAGUAUUGAUGGAUAAAGUGAGAGAAUUAGGUCCUCUACCAGAUUCAAAAUCAUCUGGAUCUAUCAAGUCAGCAACAUCAACACCAACACGUAAUGUAGGAAGACCAAAGAAAGUAGUACCGCUCCAUCUACAAAAAUUACGUACGAUGUAUGAUACCAUAAAAGAAUAUCAUGAUUCGAAAGGCCGGCAAUUAUCAUUAAUAUUUAUGAAAUUACCAAAUAAAAAUGAAUACCCAGAUUACUAUGAAGUUAUUAAGCAGCCAAUGAAUAUGGAAAAAAUAGCAUCAACAUUAAAAACUAACGGUUAUGAAAGUCUAGAAGAAUUAGUAUCUGAUUUUAUAUUGAUGUUUGAUAAUGCCUGCAAGUACAAUGAACCAGAUUCUCAAAUAUAUAAAGAUGCCUUAAUUUUACAACGAUUGGUAUUACAAACAAAACUUCAAUUGAGUGAAGACGAUGAAAGUGUUCCAGACGUGCCUGCAGCCGUACAAGAAAUAUUAGCGACUAUUUUUACUGCUCUGUACAAUCAUCAGGAUGAAGAAGGCCGAUGUUAUUCAGAUUCAAUGGCAGAGUUACCAGAGCAUGAUAUUAUUGAUGGUAAAAAAAUACGUGGACUUUCAUUGGAUUUAAUAAAACGUCGAUUAGAUCGCGGUGUUUACAAACGCUUGGAUAGAUUUCAAGAGGAUAUUUUUACGUGUUUAGAAAGAGCUAGAAAAUUAUCACGAAGUGAUUCUCAGCCAUUUGAAGACAGUGUUGAACUUCAGGCAUUUUUUCUUCGUACUCGUGAUGAAGUAACACGUAGUGGUGAUCUUUUACAUUCACCGGCAUUAAAUUAUUCUUUGAUUGAUUUAUCAAACCAAGUUGCUGAAUUGAAACGCAUAAAACAUCAACAAGAAUCAAAUUUAUCACCCGAAGAAGAAAGCUGCGACGGUAAUGAAACCAAAGAGUCUGGAUCAAGUCCUGUAGCCAGUGGUAAUGGCAGUGAAAAUGGUGGAUCUAUGAGUUUUAAUCAAGAAAUUUAUCGUGCUGGUGACUUUGCUUAUAUCGAACCUGGGGAACGAGGCAUGGAACCGAGUGUUGUGCUUAUUGAGAGACUCUGGACAAAUUCUGAAGGACAACAAAUGCUCUAUGGUAACUUAUUUUACAGGCCUAGUGAAACCUAUCAUGUAGCAUCACGUAAAUUUAUUGAUAAAGAAUUAUUUAAAAGUGAUGCUCAUAUUGCCGUACCUUUAUCUAAAGUUGCUGGUAGAUGUUGUGUAUUGAGCGUAAAAGAUUUUUUUCGAAUGCAACCAGAAGGAUUUCUUGAAAAGGAUGUUUAUGUUUGUGAAUCGAGAUAUUCAACACGUGCACGGGCAUUUAAAAAAAUAAAAGUAUGGAAUUUUGAUCCAGAUCAUUUGAAACUAGUCUCACGUGAAAAAACAUUAGAACCUAAACGUAUUAUAUCGGUUUAUAAAGAACGAUUAGAAAAACAUAAAGAAGAAAUUGCUGAAUUAGAAGAAGGUGAAAAACUUACAGAAAAAGAAAAACCAAAUGUUAUAUUAUUUAAUACUGAUGACUUAGACAACACAUAUUAUGAACAAUAUAAUACGUGUACGGGUAUUAUUAAAACUGGAGACUUUGUUUAUGUUGCUACUGAUGGUGGUAGACAACAAAUAGCUCAAGUUGAUUCAAUAUGGUCGACUAAAGAUGGUAAAUGUUAUUUUAAAGGACCAUGGUUACUUACACCAUCUGAAAUUCCUCAUGCGCCGACAAAAUUAUUUUACAAACAAGAAUUAUUUCUCUCUGUAACCGAUGCAACACAUCCGUUUGUUGCUAUUAUGGGAAGAUGUGCUGUUUUAGAGUACGGAGAAUACAUUUGCUGCCGACCAACAGAAAUACCAGAAGAUGAUAUUUUUAUUUGCGAAUCAAUUUAUGAUGAGACUAAAAAUUUCAUUAAAAAAUUACCUCAAGAUGGACUAAAAAAAUAUACACAUACGUCUUCUGUAACGCAAGACGAAAUUUAUUUUUUCCGAAGGCCAAUAAAUCCCGCUAAAGUAUCAAGUGAUGUGGCACAGACACAUUUGCCAGUCAAGUCUGUCACGUCCAGUACAGCUCAUUUUGAAAUGGAUGCGUCACCAUUGCUACCGAAGCUGGAACCUGAAGUACUAGGCAUCGGAGUAGGUGAAGACAGCAUGGAUGCAGGCGGACCACCGUCCGUGGGCUCCACUGAAGCUCAACCGGUGCUCGCCAAUGCCCAAACGCCUGUAUCGACUAAAAAGAAAACAACGGGUAAGAAAUUAGUUACGGGGUAUAUUUUAUAUUCGAGUAAAAUGCGAACGCAGAUUACACAAAACAAUCCCGAUUCGACCUUUGGAGAGAUUAGCAGAAUUGUUGGUAACGAGUGGAGAAAAUUACCAGCGGGUGAAAAACAAGUAUGGGAAGAAAGAGCAAUGAAGAUGAACGAGGGUGCUGAGAGUAGAGCUUUGGCAUUGACUAUCGGCACACCAGUGGACCAAGUUUUUGAAUGUUGCUGGGACAGUUGUGAUUGGCAAUUUGAGGACAUGACAGAUUGUAUAGAUCACUGUAUUGCUGAACAAAAUGGACAUGUGCAAUCGUCUUUUAUUAACGCUCCAUCUGAUGUAGAGUUUCAAUGUCAGUGGAGAGGUUGUGGUCGAACAAAAAAAAAUGUGCCUCCUUUUCCAAGUGUACAAAGAUUGGCGAGGCAUGUUAAAGAGCUGCACAUACUAAAAGGAAAUGGUCGUAUUAUACCACCUAGUGAACGAAGCAAAAAUUAUAUGGCAUCCAAAGGACCUACGAUAUUACCACCAAUGGAUAAUGCAACUGCGACACAAACUGCAACUACACCAGCAUCUAAACAACCAGAUCCACUUUUUAUCGCAGUUCCACCCCGGCCAAGUAGAGUUUUACAUUCGGAUGCGUACUUAAGAUAUAUUGAAGGAUUGAAUGUUGAAAAUCGUUACAUAUCUAAUUGGGAUAAGCAAAUGAAUGCGAGUCCUGAAAAUACGCAAAUUCCGGAUGUUACUAAAUUGCAAGCAGAUUGGCUCGGAAAUGGAGUUGGUAAUCAUGGAAAUGUUGUAAAUGCCUUGUGGACACUCAGAAAUAUGAUGAUGCGCGAUGUGUUAGCCAUAAAUAAAACUUUAUAGUUUAUAAAACGUUAAAACAUCUAUAUUCGUUUAUAUAUUAUAUAUGCUGACCUUGAUUUAUAAAAUGAAAUAGAAAAAAAAAAGAAAUUAAUAAA